GCCAACUUCCUUCCGGAAGAUCGCUGAAGGAGCAAUGUACGCAAUUUCUCUUAUAGAGGACAAUGGCGAACGCCAUCUCUUGGAAGCGGAAAAGGACAAGGAAGGAAUAAUCAUUUUGGGGCGGAAAAUAUGGGGCGUGGAAACCAAACGAUGCAGCAGACAGCAGGUACAAUUGAAAUACAAUAACGAGACUGGCUCAAUCACUAUACGACAGCUAGGUCCCAAUGACUCAUUUGUGCGGAUUGACGGGGCUGCUGAAGAAGCUGUCGGGAAAGACAAUGAAUUUGAACUCCGAAGCGGCGACGGUUUUUUCUUAGUGUGUUUACUUUGCCCAGUUCGUCGGAUGCGUUUAGCUGUGGUACUCAGACUCAUUAAACGAUGCAUGACAGCUACAAGGGGAGCAUUACUACCAGAUCGAAGUUAAACUCUUGGACGGGCAACCAUCGGCCAUCGCUGGAAAGAAGCGGCCACCGGGAACGACGGAUGAUGAUGAUGAACGAGUUUCGAAAAGGCGUGUGCACGGACGAUCCUCUACAAAAGUACAGGAUGUGAAAGCGACACUGCGUAACAGGAGGCGUAGAUCCAUCGAUCAAGAUCAGGACGACUAUUACGAUCCGGAUGAUCCCGAUUUCGUCGUCUCUGAUGAGGACGUUGAAUAUGAAGAAGACGAAGACGAGGACGAAAUGGAAGGACCAGACGACCUGCUGGAUGAUGUGGACUCAAGGCGAGUCUGCAAGUAUGGACAAUCAUGCUACCGCAAGAAUCCUAUGCAUUUUGCAGAGUUUGCACAUCCUUGGCUCGAUAAAGACUCCUCCCAGUUGAAUGCCAAGCUAACGAAAAGCGGUACCUCAACAGGGGAUGUAAAAACUCGGCGAUCGAGCAGAUCGUCUGCAACACGCAAGGUUAGUUACCGUGACGAAGAAGAUGAUGGUGGGGUGAACGAGAAGGACGUAUCGUCGAAUAUACCAAACCCUAUCAAGAUCUCCAGCCCCGUAACAAACCUACCUCCGGUUUUGAGUCGUUCCUCUGUCGAGGAUAAGGACACUGAGGCUGACCAAGGCGAUGCCGACCAGAAGAUACCGAUCAACACCAAUGAUUCUGGUGAGACCUGUCAAAGUCUUGGGGAUGUACGGCAGAGUAGACUACCAGAUAACAAACGAGUCGAUGAUUCCAACCACACAGAUCAUGGUGUUGAUAGAAUUGCCGUUGCAUCAAUUUCAACAACCGAAGGCCAAUUUGACGUAGAUAAAGCAGCAGAGUGUGCAUCGAAAAUCAUUCGCGAGUUUCUUAGCCUCCCCACAUGGCUCAAUGUUGAAUGCGUCCUUGUUGACGCUAACGAGGCCAUUUUGAAUCAAUUUCAUCAGCGGUUGGCAGACCUACCGCGUUUUCGAGUCAUUCAAGGCGACAUAUCUAGAAUGCACACAUCACAAGGACUGGCAUGUCGGGCAAUUGUUGUAGAAACAUCAUGGAGGUGGAAACCGUCGGCAACCGCAAGCUGUAAGGCGGUGCAUGAACGCGCGGGCGUGGAGCUAAUGCAGUCAGCUAAACAGCUCUAUCCGAAACCAGCUGAGAUUGGCAAAGCGUAUCCCGUACCUGUAGAAAGUACAUCGCCUCUGUUCAUGGACGAGCAUGUUGAACAGGUCAUUCAUGUGGUUGGACCAAAUUUAAACCCAAAGAGACCUGAUUGUCUUAGUAAUGACGAUGAUGCUGUUGCAAAGCUUGAGACGGUGUACAAGGCAAUCUUCAACUCCUUCGCUGAUCUGAGGGGAUUGACCACAUCGGAUCGUACCACCGACACAAAGAACGCAUUCAGUGUUUUAAUGUCACAGCCGAGAACUCCCGUAUCUCUCGGUGACGAAGCAGAUGUGGCCGAUAUGCCCAAAUCUGGAGGAAGAUGGAAUGACGCUCUUAGACCGUACUGCCUGCAUCCCGAACAGCACCCCCAGGAUGUGUUAUCCUACGAUGAUCAUUUAGUUGUCAUCCGGGACAAGUAUCCCAAGGCAAAAAAGCAUCUCUUAAUUCUUCCGAGGCAACCCCGUGACGGGCUUGCGGUCUUAUCGAGAGAAGAUUUACCUCUUUUGGAUAGCAUGAAACGAAAGGCGGAUGAGGUCGUGAACGAGAUGCGUAAGAAAGAUGCUUCGCUAGAAUUUCGCAUCGGGUUUCACGCCAUUCCUAGUAUGAGGCAGCUCCACAUGCAUGUUAUCAGCCAAGAUUUCGACUCGGCGGCGCUGAAGAACAAGAAGCACUGGAACUCAUUUACCUCACAGUUUUUUCUUGACUUCGAUACGGUUCGAUCUAUGCUAGACGCAAAGGGCCAAGUGCGGUACAAUGAAGCGACUUACGAGGCAAUGUUGAAAGGCCCGUUGCUGUGCCAUCGAUGCAAAACCGAAUGCCGCAACAUUCCAAGCCUCAAAAAACAUAUAGCAGAGUGUGGGAUAAAACAAUAAUUGUCCUGCGGCACUUUAGUGAUCAAUUUGUAAAGCUUGCUGCAGUGUGUAUCCGGUUAUAUUGGAGUCUCUCAUGAAUUGAAUGAAACCAUGAAAAUACAGCUUUAUCGGUUCAUGCUACUGAA